CUGGUUCUGCUGGAGCUCAAUUUCCUGCCAACCACAGGGACCAAACUGACCAAACAGCAGCUCAUUCUGGCCCGUGACAUACUGGAGAUCGGGGCCCAGUGGAGCAUCCUAUGUAAGGACAUCCCCUCCUUCGAGCGCUACAUGGCCCAGCUCAAAUGCUACUACUUUGAUUACAAGGAGCAGUUACCUGAGUCAGCCUACAUGCACCAGCUCCUGGGCCUGAACCUCCUCUUCCUGCUCUCCCAGAACCGAGUGGCGGAGUUCCAUACAGAAUUAGAACGCUUGCCUGCCAAGGACAUCCAGACCAAUGUCUAUAUCAAGCACCCUGUGUCCCUCGAACAAUACCUGAUGGAGGGUAGCUACAACAAGGUGUUCCUGGCCAAGGGAAACAUCCCCGCUGAAAGCUAUACUUUCUUCAUUGACAUCCUGCUGGAUACUAUCAGGGAUGAAAUUGCAGGAUGCAUUGAGAAGGCCUAUGAGAAAAUCCUUUUCGCUGAGGCUACCCGGAUUCUCUUCUUCAACACACCCAAAAAGAUGACAGACUAUGCCAAGAAGCGAGGUUGGGUCCUGGGACCUAACAACUACUACAGCUUUGCCAGCCAGCAGCAAAAGCCAGAAGACACCACCAUCCCCUCCACUGAGCUGGCCAAACAGGUCAUCGAGUAUGCCCGGCAGCUGGAGAUGAUUGUCUGAGCCUCGGCCGGGGAGGUGGACAUGACUAGUCCAACAAACCCAGUAUAGGCUGGCCUUCAAUAAAGGCUGGGAGAUAGUUGAGAGUUUGGGGGCCUUUGGGCCUCCUGGGUAUGUGUUACCCAGUGGCCGUGGCCCACAGGAGAGCACAGGCCCAGACUGAGGGACUCAUAGCCAGCUGUGGAUACAUUGUGGUGCUGGGCUAGGGGACUAGAUUUUUCUCAGUGAAGCCCCGUGUGUCAAUUUUUAAUAAUUGUUGGCCAUGGAUUAAAUAAUUUUUGAAAUGCCAUGUGAAA